GUGGCCGUUCUUGUGAUGCCGUGGAAGGCUAUGUCUGAGGUGGCCGGCUGCUGGAUCUUCGGCAGCUUCUGUGAUACCUGGAUAGCUUUUGACAUCAUGUGCUCCACCGCGUCAAUUCUCAAUCUCUGUAUAAUAAGUAUGGACAGAUACUGGGCAAUUUCGAGCCCUUUUCGAUAUGAGCGUAAAAUGACCCAUCGGUUUGCCUUCGUUAUGAUCGGAGUGGCAUGGACCCUCUCUAUUCUUAUCUCCUUCAUUCCAGUUCAGCUCAAUUGGCACAAAGCAGAGCAGGAAAAUGCAACAGGGAACGACAUUAAUGAAAUCGAGGACUGCAACGCAAGCUUGAAUAGCACAUAUGCCAUAUCUUCCUCACUGAUAAGUUUUUACAUUCCAGUUGUUAUUAUGGUUGGCACUUACACCCGGAUCUACCGGAUUGCGCAAACCCAGAUCCGGAGAAUAUCAUCGCUGGAGAGAGCCGUGGAACACGCGCAGAACAAUCAGCAAGCAACCGAGCAAACAAACUCCUUAAAAAGAACUUUUAAAAAAGAAACGAAAGUUUUAAAGACACUUUCUAUCAUUAUGGGAGUUUUUGUAUUUUGCUGGUUACCUUUUUUUGUGGUCAACUGCAUAGUACCUUUUUGUGACAUCAAUAAUGUUGGUGAUCGCCUGUGUGUAAGUAACACCACUUUUAACAUGUUUGUGUGGUUUGGAUGGGCCAACUCAUCGUUAAACCCAGUUAUAUACGCAUUUAAUGCUGAUUUCAGGAAAGCAUUCUCCACCAUUCUGGGCUGCAAUAGAUACUGUUCCAGUUCUACUGUAGAAGCUGUCAAUUUCAGCAACGAGUUGGUGUCUUACCACCACGACACUACGCUCCAGAGAGACACAAAUAUCACUGCCUCUGCGCACUGUGCUCAACGCCAGCCCGUGGUCUCACACGGUGAAGACUUGGACGUACCGUUUGACAAAGUCUCCAUUAUCUCGGAUGUUUCACGUAACCCAAGAAACAUUAUCCUGCCUGCAACACUGAAGUUUGAAUGUGAAGCAGAAAUAUCCUUAGAUAUGAUGCCUUUCCCCUCAACUGGGCCCAGUGAGUGCUGUGUGAUUCCAGGUCAAAUUGAGGAUAUGUGA